AUGGACAACAAGCCGGAACUAUGUCGUACAGUGAAUGCCGAGGGAAGCACACCAAGUGAUGCUCUGGAGGAGUCAAUGGAUCAGAAACGGAGAAUCCACCAGUAUGUUUUUGCAAGGGCAAAGAUGUAUAAGAUCGGUACUCAGGAUAUGAUUCUCGACAACCUCCUGCUUUGCUCUGCUAAAAGGACUUAUCCCGGAACGACUGUCGGAAGCCGAGUUGUCACUUUUGAAGUUUGGCUGCACCUGUGGCAGGUGUCUCGAUACUUACCAGAGCACAUCCUCCAAGGCUUCACGGUGAACAAGUGGAUGAGAAUAGGGUUUCGUAUGUUAUGGAAGCAUCAUAUUUCAUGUCUCCAACAUAACAUGCUUCCGACAGAGGCAAAUGUCCUCCUCCUGGUUCGAAAUUCCAAAGAAUGGCCCCCUCCCCUUAUUGUCGCAAUCUUCUCCAGAACAGGGGAACUGUCUCUUCAGUGGCAACAAUGCUCUUCUCGAAAGCAGUGGAUUCAGAAGAAAGAUCUUCCGAGCUGCCAGAAUGAUCAAGAGUUUGGUCUUGUUAAUGGCAUGUGCGGUUAUAAACAAGUCUCCCGGGUUCAAGAAAUGACCAUACGCGGGAAACACAUUCGAUAUUAGCAAAACUUGCGCCUCUGAAGGCUCUCCAUGCUGGAUCCUGCUCAGUGAGCGAUCUGUGAGUUAAGCUGAGUAUGACGCGGUCGACGGCGAGCGAUUUGGCG